AUUUUCUCUUAUUCCUCACACUUUUCAGCAAUCAAAGAUUCUUGUUUUGCACCGUUUCACAAAAUGCCACAAAGAAAAGGUUGCAGUUCUCUGAAUGAGCCUCGUCUUGUUGCCAGGAAAUUCUUGGCACGACCUCAGAUUGAGGGUGUUGGGACUGUUGUUAGAAGAAGCAUAGGAGGGGGAAAGUGUAUGUGUUUGUUUGUUUGUAUGUUUUCCAAGAACGUGAAAUUUUGUGACAUUGCAGUUACUGCUCCUGCUGGUUUUCCUGAUCAUCCCCAUAGAGGCUUUGAGACGGUCACAUACAUGUUGCAGGGAGCUAUAAUGCAUGAAGAUUUUGAAGGACAUAAGGGGACAAUAGAAGCUGGUGACUUGCAAUGGAUGACUGCAGGGAGAGGGAUUGUUCACUCAGAAAUGCCUGCGGCUCAAGGCACCCAAAAGGGUCUACAAUUGUGGAUCAACUUGGCUUCCAAAUAUAAAAUGAUUGAACCAAGGUAUCAAGAAGUGUUGAGUAAGGACAUAGCAGAAGCUGAGGAUGAUGGUAUCAAGGUUAGAGUUAUAGCUGGGGAAGCACUAGGGAUAAAGUCUCCAAUCUACACAAGGACACCAACCAUGUUCUUGGACUUCUCUCUCAAACCUGGAGGUCACUUGCAACAACCUAUACCAAAUUCUUGGAAUGCUUUUGUCUAUAUAUUGGAAGGAGAGGGUAUAUUUGGAAACAUGAUAUCUCAGCCUUCAAACUCUCACCAUAUUCUUCUUCUUGGUCCUGGGGAUGGCCUAGAGGCAUGGAACAAAUCUUCUAAGCUCCUUAGGUUCAUUUUGGUUGGAGCAGAACCCUUGGGGGAACCUCUAGUGCAAUUUGGACCCUUUGUCAUGAAUUCACAAGAAGAGAUUGAUCAAACCAUUGAUGAUUUUGAGAACUUUGCCAACGGAUUUGAAAAGGCAAGACAUUGGACAUCUGAAAGCCAAAUUAAUUAAUCAAGACUUCAUUUUUCCUUGUUGUUCCUCCUUUUAGAGCGAAUUUGGAAAAAAAGUAAUUGAAGAACUAAUUAAUAAAUAUGAAAUGACGUAAAAGUAUAUGUUGAUAUCA